CAAAGGUACUGAACCCGCCGCAGCUAGUCUACUGCAGAAACCGAUCAACGCUGAAAAAGAAAGUGGAUCCCAUCCUCCAAUAACGCAUAUCUUUGCGUCUCGAUGCUCCCUUGCUUCCCAUAUCCUAACCUCUGAUUCGGAUCAUCCCUUUUCCCCCUUUUGCCACUAGAGCGCGCGCGCGAAGAAAGCUCAACAGUAAAUAAUGAAAAGAAGAAGAAAAAGAGUAUUAGAUGGGGACCAGAUCCACUGCUCUGUUACCCUGUGACUCCUGCCAAAUUACUCAAAGAACCCCUCACCAGCGGAGCAGAAGAGAAGAAGCCAGCGCAGCGACAGCAGCUUAUAGCUAAAACAGCUACAACGAAUAUAUAUAUAGACGAAGAAACUGCAGAGUGGAGGGAAGAGGAAAGAAGCGGGGGAGAGGAAAUAAUGAUAGAGGAAGAGAACGGAGCAGACGCAAGGCUUCAGGCCAUCUCUGCUGCUAUUCGGGUGGUUCCCCACUUUCCAAAGCCAGGGAUUAUGUUCAAUGACAUCACGCCGCUGCUGCUUCGGCCCAAGGUUUUUAAGGACGCGGUGGAGUUCUUUGUUGAUCGGUAUAGUAGCAUGGGGAUCUCUGCUGUUGCAGGUAUUGAAGCUAGAGGGUUCAUCUUUGGCUCUUCACUAGCCCUAGCCAUCGGUGCGAAGUUUAUACCAUUGCAGAAGCCAAAGAAGUUGCCUGGUGAAGUUUUCUCUGAAGCUUAUGAGCUUGAAUAUGGCAAGGAUUGCUUGGAGAUGCAUGUUGGAGCUGUUCAGCCAAGAGAACGUGUAUUGAUAUUUGAUGAUUUGAUUGCCACAGGGGGAACACUAUGCGCUGCAAUGAAACUUAUAGAAAAAGCUGGAGGUGAAGUUGUUGAGUUUGCUUGUCUUAUUGGUUCACCCAAAUUUAAGGGCCGGUACCGGCUUAAUGGGAAGCCUGUGUAUGUACUUGUGGAGUGCCGUCGAUAGAGCUUCAGAAUCAUGUUUACUGUAAGUCCAUGUAAACAAUUUUAUCUGAUAAGUUUUUCUAGCCAGGAGAGUGUAGCAUUGCAUGCUUUGACCAAAAGCAUUGCUGAGUUGAUGCGAGGAGCUUGUAGCAAGUAGCAAUGUUUAGUUUUCUAUUUUGGGCAAAUUAUCCUGCCGUUAUACUGCCUUGUCCUUUUUCUCCCUUGUAAAAUAAGUUUAAAAUUGCAUUAUGGGUUCUGGAUUCCACUUUUUUUACAUAUGAAAUA